AUGCCUUGGCUUCCUCCGGAGAUCCUCACCAUUGUCACCUCGUAUAUCCUUGACCCUGCUACGCUGGUGUCGCUGAGGCUUGUCAACAAGGAUUGGGCGGCCGCUGCAAAAUGGCAGUUGGAUCGCAGUUUCCUACUUCUGAACAUGAAUAAGUUGACCCUGGAUAUCAUGGAAAAGAAACGCAAGGACCCGCGCGCACUUUAUAAGGCUCGGGGUGUCAUCAUCAACCACCCUGAUGACAACUACUGGAUUGAAUAUCUAGAGGACCACGACAGUCGUGGGUUUAAGACAGAUAAGCGAUUCAAAGUUUUCCAACGUCUGUCCUUCUAUUUGAGAUCCAAGGUUCACCAAUUUCCUAACUUGGAUUAUUUUACCUUGCACUUUCGCCCACCGCGUGACCACACUCCCGUUCCCAACUAUUAUGCGGAUAAAGAAGACUUACUUCGGGACGCAGUGACAGACUUGUUCAAGGCUCUCAAGAAACUGGGCACGGUGAAGUCUAGAAAUGGGAAGAGCUUAGAGGAACUGUCCAUUCAAUCUCUGCCGGUCCAAGUUCGUUUGUAUGAGAUCCCAAGUGGGGGAAUGGAGUAUUGCAAGAGGGUGCUCACAAAGCUUCACUUGAAGACCCUGAAGCUAGGCUUAGUGAGUUCAACUGUUUGGAGCCACGCUAUUGAUCGUAUCUCGGCAAAUCAGCAAGUCGGUGAUCCACCUUAUGAGUGGAUUAAGCCAACAAUGCGGACCCUGCAGAAUCUGUCUAUCACUUGCUGGGGAUUCUACCUAAGAAAUAUUGCAGGGGCAGUCUUCCAUACAGGGCUAUUCCUUCCAUUCCUGGAAUCCCUUGAGCUGCGUGGCUGUGCUUUCACGUCAGAUUACCAGCUUAGUUGGAUCACCAGACAUGGUCGAACUCUGAGUGCCUUGAAGCUCGAUGACUGUGCAAUCGUGGAUCGUCUUGUUCUAUGGCCUAGAUCUUCCGGUGAAGUCGGCAUUGAUGUUUCUCUCGCAUCUCUCCGUGUUGUUGAUAACGGGCGUGGUGGAAAGGUCCGCUUGUACAACACUCGGUGGGCCCACUACUUUGACAAGAUGAAGGAGGAUUUGCCACAACUCAAGCACUUUGAGUUUGGCAGUAGCAGAGUCCGCGCUGCUGGGGAAGAAGGACCCUUCUUUCAAUCAGAAAGGCACGAUGGGCCCUCGUUCAACGUACCGUCAAAAUUUCUCUUCGGCCUCUUUCCCGAUCGUUAUGUGAAACUGGGGGAGGAUUCGGGAUGUCAUUGCUGUUCUUGGGUACUCCAGAACGAACCACAGCAGCUGCCAAAGAGACAGGGACUCAUCUUGGAUAAUCCGGAUCGUGAUGCCCUACGCCGGCUACUCCAGAAGAUUGGGCAGGUUGUACAGGAAGAUGCCGACUCGGAUCAUGCUGGAUAUGUUCGGAAAUUGAUGGGUCGUGUGAAAGCGGAUGAAACCCACACGUCGGAGGAUGAUAGUUCCAAAGCAACAUCUGAGUCGGCUACUGACUGGGACUUUUGCUAUCCGGAUGGCUCUUCUGUCGUUUUUGGAGCUUUCUCUCCAGGCGACUGCAACUUCUGGACACGUUAG